AUGGGACUGGAUUUGGGUGCACCGCCUCUCGCACGUUCACUUGGUGGAGCGGUGGCGCUACGUUACGUCAUCGUCAUGGAAACCACAGAACGGAGGAAGGAGAGAGGGCACGCGGGAGGAGAUAUCAUGUCACUUCCAGAGGAGGACCUGACUUGCCCUGUUUGCUGUGACAUCUUCACAGACCCAGUGCUGUUGCCUUGCAGCCACAGCUUCUGCAGGACAUGCCUCAAACGCUGCUGGGACACCGCGGUAGUUGAAGCGAAGAGGAAGUCGAUUGCGGUAGAAGAUCUGAACAGUUGUUGCUUGCAUGGCGAGAAGCUGAAAUUAUUUUGCCUGGUGGACAAACAGCCUAUUUGUGUGGUCUGCCAGUCGUCAAAACUCCACAAAAGUCAUGAUUGUUCGCCCAUUGAGGAAGCAGUGCUGGAUUGCAAGGAUGAACUUUCUAUAUCCCUUAAAAGCCUCCAAGAAAAACUGGAAGAGCUCAAACGGAUACAUAGGACAUCUGCAGACUUGUUUACAUACAUCAAGGGUCAGUCCUUAGCCACGCAAAAUGUUAUAAAAAGUCAAUUUGAAGAGCUGCAUCAGAUCCUAAAUCAGGAAGAACGUGCCAGAUUAUCAGCAGUUACAAAAGAGGAACAAGAGAAAAUUGCAAGAAUGAAAGACAAAACGAAAGAGCUGUCUGCCGAAAUGCUCUGUAUCGCCGAAACCAUCGACCUGAUACAAGACGAGCUGAAAGAAGAGGACAUUGUGUUGCUAAAAAAUUUCAGAGACACUCAUGACAGGAGCAAAAGCAUUCCCCUGGGUUCAGACGCAGCAGGAGCCCUCAUAGACGUCACCAAGCAUCUGUCUAACCUGAAAUACAAAGUGUGGGAGAAAAUACUGGACCACAUCGACUACUCCCCGGUGAUAUUGGACCCGAACACUGCCCACCCUUGCCUCAUCCUGUCUGACGAUCUGACUUCCCUGCAUUACUCGCGCCAGCCCCUCUCCUGCCCGGACAACCCCGAGCGCUUCCACAUGAGCGCGGAGGUGGUGGGCAUGUUGUCGUUGGGGUCAGGAAGUCACCAUUGGACUGUGGAGAUAGAGGGCAACCAGGACUGGCUUCUAGGAGUGGCCUCUCUCUCUGUCCCGAGGAACUGUGAGGUCACUGCGCGUCCUGAGAAUGGGUUUUGGACAUUGUGCUACAGGGAUGGGGAGUUCCUGGUUAUGACCUCGCCCCCGGUGCCUUUGACGCUGUCUAAAAAUCCCAAGCAAAUCAAAGUGGAGCUGGACUACAAUAAGGGGAUUUUGUCCUUCUAUGAUGCUGUGGACGAUACGCUCCUUUACACAUUCACACAGACGUUCAAAGAGGCGCUGCUGCCGUAUUUUUACACUCAAAGCAGUCGCCCUCUGACAAUAAUGCCGCAAAAAGUGCUAGUCACAAUGUUACACCACUGA